UAUAUGCUUUUAUGGACUUAAAAAACUUUUCAUGGGCCCAUAUUCUAUUCUCAUGUGCAGGAAACCGCCUUUCGGUUUUCAAAAUUCAGUUAAUCCGUUUCAAUCAAGAAGUGUCAACCAAAAAAAAAAGUUGGAGCCAAAAACAAUGGAAUCCGUUAAAUCGCGAGAAGAUGAUAUUGAAAUGGAAGCAAUUGCUCUUUCAAGUCCAUCAAUGGAAGAACUAGCUAAUGAUGUGUUAAACAAUGACAGAAAAGAAAAUAUAUCUCAUGGGAAAAAUGCAAAAUUGGGAAACAUUUUGAUUACAAUAAGGGAGAAAUUCAACGUAAUCGUGAACUUUGUUGCGGAUCAAUGGCUAAAACAAUAUUGCCUUGCUGCCAAGUCGGACCAAACUAGGGUUUACCAAGUUUGGCCAGGGAAUAAUGUAUUUUUUUUCCAUGGAAGGCUUGUAUGCGGACCGGAUCCUAAAGGGUUAUUGCUGACAAUUGUUUCAAUAAUAGUCUCUAGUUGGAUUUUUGCCAUGUACACAGAAGAUGAUUUACCAGUUCAUUCUAGUCUGUUAGUGAUCAUAUCUUUGGUUCUGACACUAACUGUUCUACUGAACUUGUUUCUAGUGAGUACAACUGAUCCAGGAAUUAUUCCUAGAAAUCAUAGAACACUUUCAGAAGAAAUUGGUUCGAGCAAUGGGGGAACCAGAAGGAAGAGGGUAACAAUCAAUGGCAUCGAAUUGAAACUAAAAUACUGUCAUAUUUGCAAAAUUUAUAGGCCUCCAAGGAGUUCUCACUGUGUUAUUUGCAACAAUUGUGUCGAGAAAUUUGACCACCACUGUCCAUGGGUUGGCCAAUGUAUUGCAUUGAGAAAUUACAUAUUCUACAUGACAUUUGUGAUCUCGGCCUUGAAUUUCUUUGUGUACAUAUUUGUAUUCACUGUCUGGAGAAUUCAACAAAGAAUGUCGCGAAAUGGCAACGGAUUGAUUGGAAUGAUGAUGAAUUAUCCAGAGACAAUGGCAUUGGUUUUGUUCAGUUUUGCUGCUAUUUGGUUCUUGUGUGGUCUUGUUAUCUUCCAUGUUUACUUAAUUGCAAUAAAUCAGACAGCAUAUGAGAAUUUCCGGAAAUGCUAUAUGGGUUCUGGGAAUCCAUUUAACAAGGGAAUUUUAUGCAAUAUUAAGCAGGCUUUAUUUUCACCAUUACAGCCUUCUAGAGUUGAUUUUGGUGCUCAGGUAACAACAAUUGAACUGGUGAAAAUCUUUGAGGAUCAAAUGGAAGGAGACCAGGUAUAAAUUAAUGUUUUAUUAGCAUGUAAUUUGAUG